AAUAAAGGGGAGCAGGUGGUAGAGAGUCAUGUGAUGGUGUGAGUCUGAGCUGCUUCUGAUUGCUUCUUCCUCGUCUGAUGUGAAUGCUAAGGCUAAGUGCUCUUUGAAGAGAAAAAAGAGAUUAAACAACUUGUACUUAACUCCCAAGCACCAAAACAAAGCUCCACCAUGUCAUAUGGAUCCAUUGAUGGUGGCUCCUUUGGCAGCAGGAAUCCAUUUGGUGGUCCUACAAGGCAGGGCUACCAGCCAGUAGCUACACAGGUUAGCGCUUCAGAAUUACAAGAUGUGUUCCAAGAAACAUCUUCCAACAUCUUCCAAAUUAAUGCCAAUGUGGUCACAUUAGAAAAGAGCCUUCAGUCGCUGGGGACAUCAAGAGACACAGCAGAGCUACGCCAGAGCCUACACUCUAUCCAGCAACAAACCAAUAAAGUCAUUACAAGCACAAGCCAACUUAUCAAACAGCUCUCUGACAUCAUCAUCGGCUCCUCUCGGCAAGACCGGUUGCGUCUGACGAGGCUGAAGACAGAGCUGUCAGAGUCUGUGCAGCGUUACGGUGACCUACAGAAGAAAAUUGCAGACCGUUCAAAGGCCUUGCUUCCUUCAGCACAAAAAGAUAGAAAACAGAGUCAACAGACACCAAUCACUGAGCUGUGUGAGGAUCCACUGGUUGGGCCAGCAGAGACCGUGGAAGGAGAUGAACAGCAAGCAUUCCUGUCUGAGAUCAGUGAGGAGGAUGUGGAGGUUCUGCGCCAAAGGGAGGAAGCUCUGCUCCAGAUAGAGAGAGAUAUGCUAGAUGUGAACCAGAUUAUGAAAGACUUGGCCAGCAUGGUGCAUGAACAAGGGGACACAAUAGACAGCAUUGAGGAAUACAUUCAGACUACUGCCUCACAUGUGGAAUCUGCUAACCAGGAGCUUGCUAAGGCCAGCCAUUACCAGAAGCAGCUGAGAAAAAGGAAAUGCUACUUACUAAUUGGUGGAGUAUUUGUUCUGAUUCUCCUGAUCCUCAUCAUUGCUUUGUCAACCAGAAACUAAAACAGAUCCUGUUGCUGCACUGCUGUGACCUUUCCUCAGCCUUCCACAGGCCAUCCUGUGUCUUUCUCUCUUAUCUUUUCUGUUUGUGCGCUUGCUGUUUUAUCUGUGUUCUAUAAUUGAGAAAGAGAUUGGGGGAUUUUAUGUCAGGGGUAUCAAGAGAUUUUAAUUCCAACCUAGCAGAAACAACACCUGAUUCUACUUUCUUAAUCAGUUCAUCUUAGUGUUCAAACAUCUGUUAGGUCUGAAACCUGCUUGGCUGGUUGAAAUGAAAACCUGCAGCCUUUUGUGGAUGAUUAGACACUCUUGUUUUUAGUGAUAGUAAGUUAUUUUAAUUAGUACUUCUUUCCUCUUCAGCUCAUAUUAAAUAACAAAUGACAAAUGGAUAUAUACUCGCUGGUUAAUUUAAUAGAAACACCUGUACACUUGCUAUUUUUUUAGUUAUCCAAUCAGCCAAUCGUGUAGCAGCAGCACAAUACAAUUUAUACAGAUAUACAGAUACAGCUCAAGAGCUUCAGUUAAUGUAUAUAUUAAACAUCACAGUGAGAGAAAAUGUGAUCUAUGUGACUUUAACCAUAACAUGGUUGUUGGUAUCAGAUGGGGUGGUUUAUCUAUUUCAGAAACUGCUGCUCUCCUGGGAACAAUCUCUAGACUUUCCAAAAAAAGGAAAACAAAAACCAUCCUUUAUAGAGGGUUUGCAGGCUACGAAACCUUCUUGUUAUCAGAGAGAUCAGAGGAGAAUACCACUCUGGAAAAAUAGUAACUCAAAUAAGCUCUUUACAACCAUGUUGAACAAAAAAAGCAUCUCAGAAAGCAAAACACAUAAAACCUUGAGGUGAAUGAGCUACAAGAGCAGAAGACCACAUCAGGUUCCACUGAUGCCAAGAGGUAGUCAAGAGCAGACUCAUCAAAACUGUUUCAAUAUCUUUUGAGCAUGCUGAGAUGCCUUUCUGCUCACCCUUCUGGCAGUUCAAAACAAUCUGGUCAUUCUUUUCUGACCUGGCUUUUGUUUCCACUCACAGAACUUUCACUGACUCACUGUUUUUGGUUUUUCACACAAUUCUAUGUAAACUCUAGGGUUUAUUUUGUGUGAAAAUGUAGCAAUUGCUGAAAUACAAUUCAGCAAUUUCUGAGAUCAGCAAUAGGUGAAAUACUCAAACCAAACCAAACAUGGUAAAAUCAUCCAUGCCACAAUCAAGUCACACACUUCUUUCUUCAUUCUGAUGUUUGAUGUAAAGAUUACCUAAAGCUCUAAAUCUGUAUCUGCAUGAUUUUAUUUGUGAUGCUGCCACAUGACUGCCUGAAUGUGCAGAGGUAACCCAACUAAAGUGGACAUGAGAGCAUGUUUCAGUUAUCUUUCUUUAUACCUUAUAUAUAUAUAUACAUAUAUAUAUAUAUAUA